AUGCCAAUUGUUGAGAAAGAUUUGAAUAGUUCUUCACAAGUUAAUAUUAUUAAGACAAAUGAAAAUAUUGACAAUGAAAAUGAUUUAUCUUUAAGUGAACUUGAUGAAUCUUAUUCUGAAAAGAAUGGAUUUGAACUAUUGAAUAUAAAAACAAAAAGCGAUGAUUUUAAUGAUGAAAUAUUUUUAAUUAAUGAAAUGGAUAAUGAUUUUAAUUUUG